UCUCCCCUGGCCCUCCUCCUUAACUAACAAGUUAACAAUAUAAAUCCAUCCCCAAUUUAUUCCAGCAAUCAAUCAAAUUUCCUUCCAAAACCCUAAAAUUUUCAUCUCUUCAUAAUUUUUAACAGCUUUUGUUUUUCCUUAUCAUUCUCAUUAUUCGCUCACCGAUUAUUGCAGAUUAAACAAACUUCUACCUAAUUUAACGCAUGAUUGUUAUUGUUAAUCCUUGAAUUCUAAUUUCCGGUGCUACUUUUUCAAGGUAAAAAUGGUGAAGUUGACAAUGAUUGCUCGUGUUAUUGAUGGGCUUCCACUAGCUGAAGGACUGGAUGAUGGGCGUGAUUUGCAGGAUGCAGAGUUUUAUAAACAGCAAGUUAAGGCUUUGUUCAAGAACCUUUCAAGAGGACAAAAUGAAGCGUCCCGGAUGUCUAUAGAAACCGGGCCUUACAUUUUCCACUAUAUUAUUGAAGGGCGGGUAUGUUAUUUGACAAUGUGUGAUCGAGCUUACCCAAAAAAGCUUGCUUUUCAAUAUCUCGAAGAUCUCAAGAAUGAAUUUGAGCGUGGUUAUGGGAAUCAAAUUGAAACUGCAGCAAGACCUUAUGCUUUUAUAAAAUUUGAUACAUUUAUACAGAGGACUAAGAAAUUGUACCAGGACACUAGAACUCAACGGAAUAUUGCCAAAUUGAAUGACGAACUUUAUGAAGUGCACCAAGUUAUGACUCGUAAUGUGCAGGAAGUUCUUGGUGUUGGUGAAAAACUGGACCAGGUCAGUCAAAUGUCAAGUCGAUUAACCUCAGAAUCUCGUAUCUAUGCUGACAAAGCUAAAGAUCUAAAUAGACAGGCUUUUAUUCGGAAAUGGGCACCAGUUGCGAUUGUCCUUGGAAUAGUCAUUCUACUCUUUUGGGUCAAAAAUAAGAUUUGGUGAUCAUGGCUUCUUUUGUCUGAGAAAACAUGUUAAUUGUAUCCCAUUGUAUUUGGGCAAUUGAGUGAUUUGUUCUUGGACAACUUAUUAAUACAAGAAACCAAUCGACCCUUGAACAGGGAGUUUAGACUGUGGCCAUAUUUUCAACAUAGUAACUAGCAACAGUAUAUUGGAGGUUAAAAGAUCAAGUAAUUACUUUAUUUA